UGUAACGUGCUGCAGUACCUCCAUGUGUUUUUAGCCUCUACCAGUGGUGGAAAAACAUGAAUUCAGACCCCGCAGGACCAAUAACAUCUGGUAUUUACAGAUGCUCUCGUUACUAUUCUCACGUGUAUACCGAUCUUAUAAACACUCCUGAGCUAUGAAUGCGUUUGUGGAAAUUAUUGGUUGAAGUAUUAGCUUGCUAACGUUAGGUGUGUAUAGUAUUUCCCGUGUAACGUUAACUGUUAUCCUAGUAGUUAACCACCAAACUGACCCCAGAAACUCCCUCAGAGAGAGAGAAAGUUAAACCACUGAUCCAGCUGAACGAUGUCUAUGAUGUAGUUUACUUGCAGAAAAAUACAGUAGAAAUAUCAGCUUGAACAUGGAGCCUUCAUCCUCGUCGUCAUCAUCAUCAGCAGCAGCAGCAGCAACAUGCAACGGACAGAAAAGAAAGAGUAUUGCCCCCACAGCACAUGAGAAGGCCAAGAGAUUAAAAAUUGUGCAGGAAGGUGAGGAGACGCUGGAAUGUGGACGUUCCUUCCGCUCGCCGCGGAUCUCUGUGCUGCUUGACCACAUUCAACAACCAAUUACACUGAAUGAGCUGACGGAGCUGCUACAUUACGCCGCUCUGGGGAAAACAGGUGGCAUUAAACAGCCCAGUUGGUGUCGUCUCCGUCAUCAGAAGAGGAUUAAAGCUGUGAAUGUGGUGAUCGUGGAAGGCCUGACCCAGAGUCACUUUUACAAACACUACCUCACGCUGCAACACCUCAGGACCAGCUACACCACUAGGGUCACCUUCAUUCCACCCUCUACCGACCUGGCGUCAGGAAUCUUCAGCAGUGAAGUCCCUGAAUCUGAUGAUCCAUCCCUUUCCCAGAGACACAAUGAAAGCAGUAAACUGCACAAUGCACUGAGGUGUCACCCAGUAAUCACCAAGUUUGGGACACAGAGGAGAGGACUGACAGCGUAUGUUCUCACCCAGGAGGAGAUGAUCAAGAGACACUAUCCUGUCAAAGGAAUGCCUGGCUUUGAGGAUUAUGUGUGCAUAGACAGUGUUGACUAUGUGACUGAUAACAGCCCUCUGUAUGGACUUGACUGUGAGAUGUGUCUAACAGAAAAGGGAUAUGAGUUGGCUCGUGUUUCUCUGGUGGAUAGUGAUGGGAAUUGUGUGAUGGACGAUCUUGUAAAACCUCAGGACCGAAUCCUCAACUACCUCACCAGGUUCUCUGGUAUAACCGCAGAGAUGUUGCGACCAAUCACUACCAACCUGCAGGACAUUCAAAGGAAGCUCAGGGCGUUGUUGCCGAGCGAUGCAGUUUUGGUGGGCCAUUCACUUAACAACGACCUUAUGGCUCUAAAACUGGUCCACCGGCAUGUAAUCGACACCUCACUGCUGUACAGGAGAGAGUUUGGACAGAGGUUUAAACUUAAGGUCCUGGCCGAGACAGUGCUGAAGAGGCAAAUUCAAACUGAAGAGAAGAAGGGUCAUGAUCCCAUAGAGGAUGCCGUGGCAGCCCUGGAGCUGGCUCAGUACUUUAUUAAAACAGGACCUCUUCAGGUUGUAGAACUUCAUCUGGAGGAGCUGUGGGGAUAUACAGUAGUGGAGGAGUCCACCGACUGUGCACCUGCACCAACACCAAGUCACAGGUUUGUUGACAGACUACAGACACUUGGACGGUCAAUAGCCUUUUUAGGAAAGCGCUCCGACAUUGCCCUGGAUCUGUCGAAACAGCUGUGGCACAACUCUGACAAAGAGCUGUUGGCGUCUUUCAGGAGACAGACCAAGUGUCCGUUCCUCUCAGUGCUCCAGUUUUCUUCCCUCUCAGACUAUCUAAAGAGGUACUUCUCUCAUCAGGAGCACCAGUACCAGAGAGUGUGCGCAAAAAUUAGAGAUAUGUGUGUAGUGUUUGCCGGGCCAUUCCCUCCAGGUUUCUCUGAGAGGGAAGUGAGGCGGCUGUUUUGUUGCUGUGGACCGGUUCGGAAAAUCAAAAUGUUGAACACAACUGUCAGGGUUCAUGCGGAGGUAGAGUUCGAGCUGCUGGAGGGAGCUAUGCUGGCUUUAAAAACUUUGAAUGGACUAAAUAUGCAGGGACAGUCCAUCAAGGUCCAGAGGCCUGUUAAUGAGUCAGUGCUGGACUUGGAUCUGACUCUUAAUGCGUUAAUGGGCGACAAUCUCAACACCAGUCACCUGUACACUGUAAAAUUAAGCCCCAGUAUGGCUGAGUGCAUACAGAUUUCAGCAAAGUUCAAUGGACACACGUUAGAUCCAACAUAUUCAGGUAUUACUCCUGUUACAACAGUGAACGGAUUUCCCCCAGUUAAAGUAAACGGUAAAAAGUUGCAGCCCACUACCACAAAGUCUAAACUGUCUGAGGAGACAGUCAGAGAGACAUUUGGUCACUUUGGUACGGUGGAGAGAGUUGUACUGCUUGCCAAACCUGGAAAACAUGCAAGACAUGCCUACAUAAAGUUUGAGAAUUCAGAGGGUAAACAGGCAGCCCUCUGCUCCUCUGAGGAUCUCCGGAAGGAAAACUACCUCAUCUGUCCAUCCUUAACUCCACCCCACUUGCCUUCAUGGGUUGCCGGGACGAUGCCGAUCACCACAGUGGAAGCAGAAGAUGAUGAGGAGGGGACCCACAUGCACAGCAGUUCUCAGGACCAGCAAGUGGAUGUCAUGAUGAGGAAGUUGGACCGACGCUUGCGGAAGCUCUUCAGAUCCCUCCCAGACAGCACCUUGUCUGUGGUUGUGCUGCUUGGAAACACCAGUCCACAUGGCCAACUCCCUGGGUUGUGCCUAAUGGAAGUCAAGCAAGGGUCUUGAGGAGAACAGGGACCUGGUUCUCUGUGGGAAUGAUCAUUAACCUGGACUAUCAAAAUAUCUUUCAGUCCAGUGAUGCCUGAUCUUGUGCGUCACUUGAACCAAAUGAAAGAUAAAACAAUCACGUUGUUAAAUAAUUGCCACAGACUUCCAUUUACCUCAGACUUGUUUCUUUAUUGAAGGAGCUGAGAGUUGUAUGUCUGCACAAUGCUUUUUUUAGCAAAUAUAUUUUUUUUGUUAACAAAACAGUGUCAGUGAGGUAUAGAACUCCUGUACACAGUAGGUUAUACUAGUGUCUUUGUGAUUGGUUUUAUAAACUAUAAAAGGCAAGUCAAAUACAGUACUUGUAAAAUCAUUUGUGACCUGGAAAUAUUUUGUUACAAAUUAAAAUCUGACUUUGGUACAUUUACUUAUUCAAGUGGUACAACACCCUAAAAUGCGUGAGGGAACAAAAAAAAAAAACAAAAAAAA